AUGAACACCAGCAAGCUGGCGAGCGCGAACAGUCUCUCACCAGACAUCCUCAUACCUAUUCUAUCGCUGCUUGCAGGGGAGAAAUUCACCAAAACUCCAGGCGGCAGCGGAUACCGCUGGCUGCAGUCUAUAGCAGCCCUCAAUAGCAACUUCUACAGGGCUGUCCAGCAGCUACUCUACAAGACAGUCUAUAUCCCACGUACCCCUCAGUAUGACCCGAGUAUCACUCCACCAACACAAGUGAUGAGCCACAAUUGGUAUUCCAACAUACCUGAAUGUCUGCGUGCUGGCAAGGCAGAGGAGACGCGAUGCCUUCAAAUAGUUAUGCGGAAUGCCGUUCAGUGCCCACUCAAGUUGUUCGGUUCAGCUGUGUGGACUUCAGUUGAAAUUGUCGAGGUUCAUGGGCUUGGCUUCUUCGCCGGUAGCACACUCCAGUCGCCUGACGAACAGCGCGCGAUUAUCCGUGACACAUGCCUCCUCUUCAGAACCCACCUGCGAAACGUCAAGUCUCUGAAGUUCUGCGAGCUGACUGGAGAAUGGGCAGAACACGGCGCCGAUGGAGACUAUGUUUUCGGACUUCUCAGACUGUGCUCGGAGCUGCAGCUCCAGUAUCUGGCACAGGCCACUGACGUAGAGCUCAUGCCGCCAUUCCCAGAAGAAGAAUUCCCAGUGCUUGGAAACAAUACCCGAAAUCUCCGUAUGGACUAUUACGCAAUGUACCCUCUAACUGACAUGUCGAUGCCGCCUCUUCCCACCGAAAACUUGGCGUCAUUAACGAUCACAACAAUUAGUGAUGAUCCGGUAUGGAGCAAAUCUGACCCUGGUUUGACUGGCACUGUCAAUCUCAGUAACCUCGCUUUUCUGAAGCUCAGGGACUUAUCAGUCGGAGAUUCUACGCAGAUAUACACCGAUCUCUACACACUGUUCGGCUCGCCAGCGCUUUCUACGUUGCGGAUUGCAGAGAACUACAGGGAACUCCACCGUGUCACCGCGAACGUGAUCCAGCACGCCAGAUCAGCGACUAUUGCUGCCGGUAUCCCUAGUGGUAACAGAAUAGCUAAUACGAUUAAGGAAGAAACCGUGCAUUUGUUCACCGCCGACUCUGAUGUCGAGGAACUGUACGUUAUCGGUGCGCGUUAUGUAGUGCCCGACAAUAUCCGCCUGUACAACCUCCGUAUCUUUUACAUCACGCUGCAUACAGUUACUGUUGACGAUACCGUGGAUAUCCUAUGGAUGCUGCCUCGCUUGCAGCACCUACGGAUCUGGUGCAACUCCAUGAGCCACAUGGAUGUUGGAAUUAGCCCAAUCAGGAUCCAGCGUGCUAUGCCAGCUGCUGUGCAGAGAUCUAUUUUACCGGCAAUUACCCACAAGGCAACCACCACGCCUUCAACUAGCACUGCCAGAAUUAAUAUGCCCUCGGUCAGCAACACCCACAUCAAUAGCCAAUCUUACGGCAACAUCAGCAACAAUGUGCUUCCACCGCUGAAGAGAAGGCGCACUGACAGCAAUACUAGCCCUGCCUAUGCCAUAUCACCAUACUGUGAGUUACUCGAGUUGGGUCGGGCUGUAGCACCCAAGUAA